UUGCUGGAGAAAAACAAGGGGGCUGAGAGGCUGUUGAAAAUUUCGGUUGAUUUUGAAGUCCAAGAUCAAUUUCGUGGUCGACUGCUCCAGAGUAUUUAAAGACAAUACAACGUCAGAAAGUAACAGAGAAUGGCGGUGUCGGUGUCCAGGGACCUGUCAGUCACUGUCACAGAGGAAUCUAACGUUAGGAAAUUAAAGGACAGGCAAGAAUCUUUACAGGAGAGCCUUCGGAAAGGAGAGCCCAGAGCAUUUGGGGUUUCCCAGGUGAUGUUGGGAAUAAUGGUAAUGACCUACUCCUUACCACUGCUGUCCACUGAGUCCACUGAGGUCGUCAACUUUGGUGUUCCCUGGUGGAGCGGCAUAAUGUUUCUAGUGGCAGGGACUCUUGCCAUUGUGCUGGAAAAACAGGCCAAUAUGAAGUUGCUCCUUGUUUGGCUGACCAUAUCGGGGACGACCAUACUUGUAUCUCUCAUUGCUCUCAUAGUGUACUUUGUCGACAUCGCCAAAAAUCCAGAAAUACCCUGCAACAUGGAGCCUAACGACACAUGUCACUUUCAGCAUCUUGCAAUGGCUUUCAGCAGGGGCUUAAAAGGAUGCCUUCUUCUCCUCACGCUUGUCCAGAUGACCGUCUGCUCCACCCUUUCAUUUAAUCUGUAUAACCAGAGAAGGCAGUUUGGGAAGUAUCUGAUAGUGGAAGAGUGAAUGAUUCCCCUGUGUGGCCAGGAGCUCAAACAUCAAAACAGAGCUUCCAAAAGUGGCUAUUCAUUUUUUUUUAUUCCCCAGUUAAUGCUUCAACAAAUCUAUGCCAACAGCUUUUUUUAAAAGUAGACAAUGUGUGUAUCACAGUGCAAUAGUUAUACAUGCACAUUGCUGAAUACAUUUUCUAUAUUUGUUUCCUCAGAAAAAAAAAAAAAAAAAGCUAUAUGUCCAACAAAAGCCUUUGGUACAAUGAUGAAGUACUUGGAAAGUUUCACUGGUCAUUUGUGUUCCCAGUUUCCCUUAUGUGUACAAUGAACACUCUUUCUUCCGUUGACUUGUCCAGCUGGUGACUUUUGACCUUUCUGAGAACUCUCCUUGACUUCUCUGUUUCUCACAGCAGUUUUAGCUGAAGAGGACAGACAAAAUGGUUGAGCUGUCUUUAUGACUAAUAAAUAUGACUAAAGCCUCUUAAACAA